AUGGAUAUCCGGAAGUUUUUCAGCAAUGCUGCUACUUCUAAACGAAAACCAAAAGACAUUUUCGAAAAAGCAAGCGGCUCAACGAUUUCCGAAUCGCAGGACGAUAAGCAAAUAAUGGAAACACAUCCGGUUGGCGCUUCUGGAUCUGAUGAAGCGGCUAUUAUGGCCGCAAAGAACAUAUUGGAAAAUGUUCCAGUAAAUCUGCAAAUGGUUACAGCAUUUGCCAAACAAGCCGAGGCAAACAGGAAAAUUAUAAAAUCCAUAAUUUCUACCGUUUUAUUUUGUGGAACCCAUGACUUACCGUUCCGAGGAAAAGAAAAUCACACUGGAGUUUUCGAAGAUUUAAUUCAUUUCAAAGCAGAAUCAGGAGAUACAGCUCUGUAUGAUCACGUUUCACAAGGCAAGAAAAAUGCCACUUAUCUAUCGCCACAAAUUCAAAAUCAAAUUAUCUCUAUUUGUGGUGAUAUCGUGCUCGCUGAACUUUUGAAUGACGCUCGAAACGCUGCAGCAUACAGUAUUCUGGCAGACGAAUCUUGUGACAUUUCAGGCAAAGAGCAACUGUCGAUUGGAGUUCGUUUUUUUGACAGCAGAAAAAAAGAAAUUCGUGAGGAAUUCUUGGGAUUUGUCGAACUUGACGCCAUGGAUGCUAAUGCAAUUGCUACAAGCAUCGCCAAUUUUCUUCAAAAAACUGGUCUGGAUCCGGAUAAAUGUGUUGGUCAAGGAUAUGAUGGAUGUUCUACAAUGGCAGGUAAAGAUAAUGGAGUACAAAAAAGAUUACGCGAAGUUUAUCCGAAAGCUGUCUUUGUGCACUGUGCCAGCCAUCGAUUGAACCUAGUCGUUAAUGACCUGAAUCAAGUCCCACAAAUCCGGAAUGCAGUGAGUACGGUCAAGGACAUAAUAAACUUUUUUAAAGAAUCUACCAUUCGUCGGAAAUACAUACCCAAUAUUCCAAGCCUUUGCGAAACACGUUGGUCUCAGAAAUAUAAAAGCAUUUCGGUUUUCAAUGCAAAUGUCGAUAACAUCAUUGAAGCAUUGGAAACACUUGCUGAUGAAGGAAACGUGGCGACACGUAAAAAUGCAUAUCAAUUACAUAGCGCGGCGACAAGAUCUGAAUUUAUUUUUUCGUUGAAGUUGAUUGCGAAGUAUUCGGCAUUGAUGGAGCCAGUCGUCAAUGUAAUGCAGGGAAAAUCCGUUGACAUGUUGCAAUGUAAGAAACACAUUCAAAACAUCCUCUGCAUAGUGAAAAAACAUCGGGAAAAUGCGGAGAGCGUGACAAAAGAACUGUUAAUCGAAGCAUCUUCAACGGCAGAGGCUGCAGGAUUUGAAAUGACUCCGCCAAGAACUACGCAGCGACAAAAGCACAGGGACUGUGCUCUGGAAGUAGCUCUUUGGGAUGUGACAAAGAUAAUCGGAAACACGCUAUCUGUGCAUCGCAGCGGCAAUGGUGUCAAAGCCGGCGUUGCUGAACGCGUUCUUCACGCUUAUCGUAACCACUGCGUAGUAUCGAUCUCCUCUUCGCUUCUGUUGGGACGCUUUCUCAGCACUCGCGAGCACCUUCGUCAGCCUAUUGAGGAUGAUCCUCCGCAGGAGUUUCCCAACUGUGUCAAUCAGACAUAUAGGCCGGAUUCCCCGGCGGCUUCCCUGGUUUUGGCAGCAGUACCUGGGUAUUCCACAUUUCUGGGAAGUUACCCCCGUCCAGGCACUUGUGGAGUACCGCCCUGA